UGGAAAGCUCAAAAGCAUGCUCGUGCUCACGUGCCCAGCGUACUUAAUUUCCCCGUCCUUAUCCGCAACCAAAUUUCUUCGGCGCACAGACUGACCAGAACGAAAAACAGAAAACUUUUGAGGCGCCAGCCGGGAGAGUAUCGGAGAUGGGGAGUUCAUCGCCCGAUGAUUUUUUGGUGGUGGUGUUGGCAUCUGAUCUGGGUAUGGAUGCUCGGCCCUUCUUAACCCCAUCUGAAAGAGGAACGGAAGAACCUGAAGAGCCUCAAGAGAACUGGCAAGACUGUCCCUCUUACCUCGCUGACGAAGACUUCUCCGAUCUUGAUUUCCUACAGUUCGCCUGCGCCCAAGGCUCCGACAGAUGUGGUAACCGUAUACUGCGCAUCGUAGGGAAGUUCUUCCCAGCUUCUGUUGUCAGUGGGGAACGGCUGAAAAAAUAUAUAUUUCACAAAAUAUUCAGUGAGUUUCCAGAAGGACCAUUCUGCAUUGUUUACAUGCAUAGCACUGUGCAGAAGGAUGACAACUCUCCUGGCAUGACCAUGCUGCGGUGGAUAUAUGAAGAACUUCCGUCUGACUUCAAAGACAGGCUUCAAGUUGUGUACUUCAUACAUCCUGGGCUGCGCUCAAGGGUUCUUUUUGCCACCGUUGGUCGUUUCUUCUUAAGUGGAGGUCUCUACUGGAAAAUAAAGUACAUUAGCCGCCUGCAAUACCUUUGGGAUGACAUAAAGAAGGGAGAGGUUGAUAUCCCCGAAUUUGUGAAAAAUCAUGAUGAUAUUCUUGAGCAUAGACCGCUGACAGACUAUGGAAUCGAACCAGACCCGCUUCACUUAACAGAGAUUCCAUUGACAGCCUAUACGUUUGGGAGGUAUGAAGAGAGAUGGAUAUCUAGGGAUUGCACAUCUUAAGUCUGGCUAUCUAUAUAGCUUGUCGUGAGGGCAUGAGCUUUGUAUAGUACUAAAUUCAUAUUUUCUGCUGUGAGCUCUUAUAACUUAUGGUUGUGACCUAAGUUUCAGCAUGCUCUAAGGAUACAUGCAUGAGAUUUGCCCUCCUGAAAUGUAAUGUUUUACUUCUAUGCACGUUUAGUUUGAGACAUGCACUGGAGUGCUGCUUUGUGUCU